AGGGGGCGCGGACAGGUGAAUGCACCAUGCCGCUGCAGGACGAAACCCUCCGAGAGGUGUGGGCCUCAGACAGUGGGCAUGAGGAAGACGGCCUGAGCCCGGAGGUCCAGCGACGCCCCAAGCAGCGACCGGUCCCGGGACAGAAGCUGAGGAAGAAGAAGACGGAGACCCCUGAGUCCCCCCGCCCCACGGGAUCCAAGCCCCGGAGACCAGGAGCGGGGCGGAGGGGGAGGCCGCGGGAGGAGGCCACCCCCGACCCGGCCAGGGCGCCGCAGACCGUCUACACCAAGUUCCUCAGGGACCCCGAGGCCAAGAAGCGUGACCCCCGGGAAACCUUCCUGGUAGCCCGCGCCGCAGACGCCGAGGACGAGGAGCAGGAGGAGGAAGAGGACAAGGAGGAUGAGGAGGAAGAGGAAGAAGAGGAAAAGAAAGAGAAAAUCCCUCUGCCUCCCAAGAAACCCCUGAAAGAGAAGGCUCCUGCUGACUUGAAGGAGAGGAGAGCCAAGGCCCAGGGCCUGAGGGGAGACCCAGGAAGCCCUGAUCCCCCACUGAAACCCCAUCGAAUUAAGAAGAAGGAUGCUCCAGCAGGGGAGGGGACCAAGAUGAGAAAGACAAAGAAAAAUGGGUCUGGGGAUGAUGACAAGGACCCCUUAGUGAGCCCAGCCAGAGUGAAGAAGAGCCCAGCAGCCAUGUUCCUGGUUGGGGAAGGUGGCCCUGCCGAGAAAGCUUUGAAGAAGAAAGGAACUCCCAAAGGCCCAGAAGAGGACAGGAAGGAGGAAGAAGAGGAGGAGGAGGAAGCUGUGGUGACCAAGAACAGCAAUCAGAAGGGCAAAGCAAAAGGAAAAGGCAAAAAGAAAGUGAAGGAGGAGAGGGCCCCGUCUCCACCCGUGGAAGUGGACGAACCCCAGGAGUUCGUGCUCCGGCCUGCCCCCCAGGGCCGGACAGUGCGCUGCCGGCUGACCCGGGACAAGAAGGGCAUGGAUCGGGGAAUGUAUCCUUCCUACUUCCUGCACCUGGACACGGAGAAGAAGGUAUUCCUAUUGGCUGGCAGGAAACGGAAACGGAGCAAGACAACCAAUUACCUCAUCUCCAGCGACCCUACCAAUCUGUCCCGAGGAGGGGAGAACUUCAUCGGGAAGCUGAGGUCCAACCUCCUGGGGAACCGCUUUACUGUCUUUGACAACGGGAAGAACCCGCAGCGAGGAGGAGGCAGCGGUGAUGUGGGGAGCCUCCGGCAGGAGCUGGCAGCUGUGAUCUAUGAAACCAACGUGCUGGGCUUCCGCGGUCCCCGGCGCAUGACGGUCAUCAUUCCCGGCAUGAGUGCAGACAACGAGAGGGUUCCCAUCCGGCCCCGAAAUGCCAGUGAUGGGCUGCUGGUGCGCUGGCAGAACAAGACCCUGGAGAGCCUCAUCGAGCUGCACAACAAGCCACCUGUCUGGAACGAAGACAGUGGCUCCUACACCCUCAACUUCCAAGGCCGGGUCACCCAAGCCUCAGUCAAGAACUUCCAGAUUGUCCACGCUGAUGACCCCGACUACAUCGUGCUGCAGUUCGGCCGCGUGGCGGAGGACACCUUCACCCUAGACUACCGGUACCCGCUGUGUGCUCUGCAGGCCUUCGCCAUCGCCCUCUCCAGUUUCGACGGCAAGCUGGCCUGCGAGUGACCCCAGCAGACCCCCAGCGCCCCCAGAGCCCGCCGGCAUGGGGGAGGGUUGCAGGGUCCCUUCACCAACCCCCCCACGGAAGUCUCCUCCCUUGUCGAGGACUGACCCCUCGCUGCCUCUCGGUGACCUCCGUCCGCUUCCCAGCCCGGCCGGGCCAAGGCAAGGGAGGAGCUCAGACGGCGGGUCCGACGGAGAUGAAGAACAUCUGGAGCGGGAGCCGCACAUCUGGUCGCGGAGCUCGCCCGCGCCCCUUCACUCCCCUCCUCCCCGCGCCCAGUCACUUCCUGUCCGGGAGCAGUAGUCAGUGUUGUCUUAACCCCCUCGGAGACCGCACUGGGGCUGGAGCUGGAGCGGGCUCGCAGGAGGGGGCAGGUGAAGGGGCACAAGGGCCGGGUACCCACGGCCCCAAUAAAGCCGCGUCCUUGGCC